CAAAGUUUUACAAAAUGGAGGUACAGAUCCGAAUGUGGAAUAAAGACCUGCCUACUUUGAUCAGCCCGUGGAUACCGAUACUUCUGGGCCUUCACAUGCAUUUCUCCUGGGCCACAACCUGUCCGGAGGAGUGCCGGUGUGACAGGACUUUUGUUUACUGCAAUGAGAGGAGUCUAACAUCAGUGCCUCUGGGGCUAGGAGAGGGUUAUAAGACCCUCUACCUCCACAACAAUCAAAUCAACAAUGCUGGAUUUCCUCUGGAAAUGCACAACGUUGCCUCUGUGGAGACUGUGCAUCUCUAUGGCAACCAGCUUGAUGAAUUCCCUGUCAAUCUUCCCAAAAAUGUGCGGGUGCUCCACCUGCAGGAGAAUAACAUUCAGACGGUGUCCCGGGCCGCCCUGGCACAGCUGCUACGCCUGGAGGAGCUCUAUCUGGAUGACAACUCCAUCUCCACCGUGGGUGUGGAGGAGGGGGCCUUCAGGGAGGCCAUCAGUCUCAAGACUCUUUUCCUUACCAAGAACCACCUGAGCAGCGUCCCCAUCGGGCUGCCCGAGGAGCUGAGAGAGCUGCGGCUGGACGAGAACCGCAUCGCAUUUAUAGCCGAGGACGCGUUCGAAAACGUGACGGGCCUUGAGCUCCUCCUCCUGGAUGGGAACUUGCUCAUGGAUGAGGGCAUCGCCCCCGGGGCUUUCCAGACUCUCGUUAAUCUCAAAACCUUGUCAUUGGCGCGUAACUCCCUCACGGUUCCUCCUCCUAAUCUGCCAGCUGAGUUUCUAGUCAAGCUCAACUUGCAGGAUAAUCAGAUGAAUGAGAUUCCUUUGACGGCCUUUCGCGGCCUCCAUCGCUUGGAGAUACUGGAUAUUUCAAACAACCAGCUGCAGUCUCUCACACAGGGGGUCUUUGACGGCCUCCACGGUCUGAGACAGCUCACUGUUCGAAACAACCUUUGGCUCUGUGACUGCAACAUUAAAUGGGUCAUACUGUGGUUAAAGUCCCUGCCAGCUACCCUCAAUGUCCGUGGCUUCAUGUGCCAGAAACCAGAGAGGGUACGUGGCAUGGUAAUCAGAGAGCUAACCCUGGAGCUCAUCCAGUGUCCUAACAGCACCGCCACAGUCCCACAGCCCACACUGCUCUCUUCCUCCACCGCUGAGUCAGCCACUCAAAUGGCUUUCACACCCGCACGCUCCCGGCCUACACCCAAGCCUCCACGUCUGACGCUUCCACCGCCGACUGCAGGCAAAGACAGGGAGCAGAGGACGAAUGACCCGGUCGGCCCGAUGCAGGAAUCGCUGCGAGUUUCCUUUGCAGUGCUAAAUGGUUCGUGCAUUCAGGUAAGCUGGGUGUCGAUGUUCAUCGUCACGGCCUAUAAGGUGACCUGGGUCAAGCUGGGUCACAGUUUGAUAACCGGCCCCAUGCAGGAGUCGCUUGUGCAGGGCGAACGUGAGGGAAUCACACUGACAACCCUGGAGCCCAAGUCCACCUAUCGUAUUUGCGUGGAUCCGCUGGACGCGUUCAAUAAUUACCACCCGGGAGACGAUACAAUUUGCUCAGAGGUGACGACAAAGUCUGCUUCCUUUCACUCCGGCGAUAACGCCACUGGGACCGAGCAGGCGACCCAGCAGGACCCCAGCUCGCCUUUCCUGCUGGCUGGCCUGAUUGGCGGGGCGGUGCUUGUGGUCCUGGUGGUUCUGUUGAGCAUAUUCUGCUGGCACAUGCACAAGAAGGGAAGGUCAGAGUCGUCAAAAUGGAAAUACAGUCGGGGCAGGAGAAAAGAUGACUACUGCGAAGCGGGGACUAAAAAGGAUAACUCUAUUCUAGAAAUGACUGAAACUAGCUUUCAGAUAGUUUCUUUGAAUAACGAACAGCUGCUCAAGGGGGACUUUCGCAUUCAGCCGAUUUACACCCCUAAUGGGGGUGUUGGAUUCAGAGACUCUCAAAGCAGAAACAAUAGCACAGCGUACUGCAAAAACAGUGUUCCAGAGUCUGAUACAUGCCAUAAAUGAUGAUUUUAAACAGAUAAUGUCCUUUGUAUUUAGAUCUGACUCUUAAACGCACUGUAUUUCA